CAAAGCAAACGUUGUCACGGAACCCAUCGUCCUCGCCAACUCGCGUUAAAUAGUUAUAUUCAUAACUCAACAGCGUGGUGACUCGGGCCACUAUGCCAAAGCAACUCCCAGCUGUUCACACUUGUGUUCAUUGCAAAUCCCUCAUCCUAGCCAUUAUUGUUGAUAGCGAGACAGAAGUACAGACGCUUCAGGCAUGGAAAAAGUUCGCAUCUGCCAAAUCUGUCGCCGCUCUAGACACAGAUGAUGAUCUUGCAUCUUAUCUUCGCUCCCAACUGAAAACGCUAAAUACCUUCUUGAGUGUAACGCCACAAGAAGCACGAAAGAAAGCGGAAGCAGGAUGUCGUCUGUUCGCCUACAUAUUGAAGAAGACCGAGAAUAUCGUGAAGCAUCUUAGAGAUGGAGGAACCAGUGUCGAAAGAAACGACCUUUUCAAGCCGUUCUACGGCCAACACGUCAACUCUGCGCCUAGGUCGGACGCCGAUAUUGAGGAGCGCCUUUUCAUCUGUACUGAGGCGCAGCCCGGCAAACAGCCCUCAUCGACAUGGCGGUUUCGCUGGUUCGUCGAGCCGUACCGGCCCUUCCACUGCCUGCACUUCCAGGUCGAUGACGAUGUGGAGGGGGCUCAUAUAUCUGAUGACAACGUUGGAAUUGACCUAUUCCAGACGAUUGUGAAUUCUGGCUCUGCUUAUCCUGAAUUUCCGCGGUAUUUUGACUUCGAGCCGGGGUCAGAUGAAUCGAUUGCUAGGGCGCGAGAAUUCUUUAGGGUAAAACCCAUGCACCCUGAGGAAGUGGUUGAAAGCUCCUUUGUGCCCACGAGAUUGAUCGAGUUCGACAUCCCAGGCCAUGGACCUCUCACCCAAGUGAAAUUAGUUGAUUAUAGAAACGCCUCAGACGGACUCGGGUACGCCGCGCUAUCUUAUUGUUGGGGAGGGGAUCAAAAACUAAAGCUGACGAGGACGGCCUUCGAACAGUUCACACAAGGGAUUGCUUUUGAGACCUUGCCGAUGACACUAAGAGACGCAAUAACAGUCGCAUCAAAGUUCGACAUCAAAUAUCUCUGGAUCGAUGCACUAUGCAUCAUUCAAGACGAUGACGAAGAUAUGGGGCGAGAGCUGGCGGUCAUGGCCCAGAUAUAUGAAAACGCAUCACUGACAAUUAGCGCAUCGCGGGCAAGCUCGGUCGAGGAAGGCUUUCUACAAGAGCGUCUCCCAUUCAAAGACAAUGCCUCCUUUGCGUUCUGCCUUUGGCUACAAUUACCGGAUGGAGACCACGCUGAGUCUGUUCUGUGCUUCCUUGCUGCAGAUAUGGUUGGUCACGUGUCGCCAAAUAUGAAGAUCAGCGAGGCGGCGUCUGACGGCACUCCUCGCGACCCGCUGAUCUUACGUGCAUGGUGUUUCCAGGAACGCGCACUAUCCAAGCGCCUCAUCGAGUUUGGGAUCUUAUCAACGCGUAUACAGGUCACCCGUCCGGGCUUACCAGUCGCCAUCUACAACGAUAGCUGGAAGCCAUUGGAUGAACAUCAUUCAAUUCCGUUCACCAGUUGGUCUGUCGCAGACCUUCUUGCAACGAGCGACAAUUCGAAAUCUCAGCCACGUGGGUUCCGGCGCUUGUCAAAUGGUUUCAACGUCUACUCCAAUACUUCUACCGUACCACCCGGGAUGGAAGGGGUCUACGGGUAUUGGUGCUCGACCCUGACCUUCUACUCCGGCCUCGGCCUCUCCUUUCAAAAAGAUCGUCUUCCGGCGUUCUCAGCUAUUGCGAGUUCGUUCGCCCAGGCAUUUGGCGGCAAAGAGAACUAUAUCGCCGGUAUCUGGCGUGAUACAAUGCCCUUGGGAUUAUUGUGGGUCGUCUACUCAGAAAAUGCUGAAAAGGACGGUAUACCGUCGGACCCGCCGGCAGCCCCAAGCUGGUCAUGGGCCUCAGUCAGCAGUGUCAUUAGCUAUACCUGGGGCCGAGAGCACCAAGGAGCUGCAUGGGAGUUUGGGAAGAAUUUCCUGGCGAAUGGGUUGAAAACCGAUCAGGAUACUGAGGUUCUUGGCUACAAGAUUAAGCUGGCCACGGAGAAGGUGGCGUUCGGCGCUGUUGACCAUGGCAAACUCCGGCUGCGUGGUCGUUUAUUACCUGUCAGGUUGUCCCUGGAAAAGUCACUAGGACUGGAAAACCUCGAAGACGCGACCAGGAUGGAGAUUGCGCAAUCCCAUCAACGCAUUGCACAAGACUUUAUCGACGAGAGAGGCCUGCACAGGCGUAACUAUGAGCACCCAGAUGUGGCUUUUCGAGAACGGAGAUUGGCCGCGCUAACCGUCAUCGAUCGUAGAGAAGAAGCUUUCGAGACCAUGGUGGCGGGAUCCCAAGGGCUUUUUGCUCUUCCUAUCGCGUCGGGACCGAGCGAAAAGACGGAGAAGGGUAUAAAUGAACGGAUCUGGGGAAUACAGAUGCCACCCUGCCGUUGCAUCUUUGGGAUUCUCGUCUUGAAUCGAGGAGACGGCACGUAUCAGAGAAUAGGGUGGUUCAAGUUCAGCGAUCAUGAUGUCGAUUGGUUUUUCGACGAUUGGCGUUUGGAUAUGGAAGAUGUUCCUAAGUUGCUACAAGACCAGUAUACAUGGAUGCAAAGUGGUGAGCUACAGGAGUUUGCGCUUGUUUGAGUACUGAUUAUUCCGUUAAGAGAUGAUCUUGCAACUUCAAGUGUGGAAUAGGACGUCCAGGAUAUGGUAACGCCCACUAUGAUUGUAUUCGUCCCUAUUAUUCUAGCCUGUGGGGUCCAUAGGGCACACUUAAACCUGGGGCUGAAAGCAAUGACAGUACUGAAAGUCCCUACAGGUUACUUGUUGGGAACAGUUGAAUGAAGCUGCAAUAUCGAGCUGAUGCUAAUAGGUAAUAUACUCUCGUCCUGCCCCAAUUAACCGGCGACCCCGGUUGUAAGAUACCACCUCAUCCAGCGGCAGUGCGUUGAUUUAAUUAUUGACACCACGAAGCAACAUAACCACAGUCACCAUGAGUCAUCUGCCUCACGUCGAUUAUAAUCCGU